GAAGUACAACAACAUUAGUUUCAUGUGCACACGUCCUCAUAUAUGAUCGAGUUUCACGAUGAGAGAUGCAGUCACAUGAUUCUUGUGCGGUUUAUAGUCAGUUUAAAACCCGUGACUCUGUUGCCUCACUUCUAACUUCAAUAAAUUUAUACGACGUGUUGGUGCAACCUGGACAGCAUCGCGUGUAUAUACUGAUACAUAUACAAACAAAACAUCCUAUAUUGCCUCUAGAAUUUAGUUUUGCUUUGAAACCAUCCACUUCGAUUCGCAGCAGUCACAUAUAUGUGAUCCAAUUUUCCCCACGGGACUUCAGUUUAUGGACACGCAUCUAAGGCUAAUAUCACUUAUUUUGACAUUGACAGCCAUUGAAGCAGCUUCACUUGCCAGUGUUCAUUUAAAAUUUGUCUCACCUCCUCACACAUUCGAACAUGGAUAUGUAACAGAUGGAGGAACUACGUUAAUGCAAAAGUCAUUUCUUUCUAUUGGGCGAAGAAGUCCACGAAAAUUCGGCGAUCGAAUUCAAACGAAUGGAAUACAUAGCAAUCGACUUUAUGUAGAAGAACGUCCUAAUAAUAUAAAACCCGGAAGUGCUGAAUUUUUAUGGCCACAAGGAGUUUUUCAACCGCCAACAAAUAUAAAUGAUCUCGGAUAUAGUUCACAAGAAUCCGGACAAAGAACACCAGAUUUUUCAGAUGGAACUCAAUAUCCGGAUCCUUAUCUUUUAACUGGCGAACAAGCGAAACGAGCAGUAAUGUUUCUUUAUGGACGUGGAGAACUUUUUUUGACUGAUUAUCCACAUACGAGAGCACUAUUAAGAAAUCAAGAAGACAGAAUACGAAAUGGUUUAUCGACAAAUAUAUUAAGUAGUAUUAGGCCGCAAUCACCUUUUUAUAAAAAAAUGUCACACAAUAUUAAUUACUAAAGCAUUUAAAAUUGUAUUGUUACUUUCCUGUCACAAAUGCGAAUUUUCUUUUUAUGAAAAAUUAAUACGAAUUGAAAAAGAAGAGAAAAAUGAUAUAAAAUUCGAAAAUAUUUUUCAUAUUUCAUAUUUUCAAAUUAAAUAUUUAGUUGAAGUAACUACUACUGGUAAUAUAGAUUUCUUCAUGAAAAUAUUCGAUUUUUGUUUAAAUAUUGAAGUUGAUAAUGCAGUUUUCUUUUAAUAGUUUCCUUCAAUAAAGUUGAUGAAAACUCCAUCAGAAUGCGCAUUAUAUUUUAAUAUUUGAACACACCAGAAAGAUAUGAUACUCUGAAUUAGUAAAAAAAAAUUUAAUUGUAAUUGGCGUUUUUUCAUUGUAAUUAAUAGCAGUAUUUAAUUAAUUCGUACUAAAAGCUCUGAUUCAAAUUUAAAAUUUAUUAAUUCAGAUUGCUUUUAAU